AACUGAUAUCGUGAGCCGUUGGGAGCGGAUUACAUCGGAUAUAACUUCAUUUUCAUGGUCUCCAUACAAGCAAUCCAAUUGGGUGAAAGAGAACAGAAAACCCCUCAACAGAGAGAUUUAUAUAAGCUUUGGAAGUCGUUGAGUUCACCAGCUGAUGAUCAUCAUCUCCUGAACUUCGCUCCAUAUGGAUUGCUUAGUUCUUCCGGUGGCGUUAUGGCGACGAUGGUCGUUCUCGUCGUCAAGACUUGGGUACCGGACUUUGUCGAAUGAAGACGGUGAGAAUUCAAGGACGAAUCUGGUGACUGUGGUUGCUGGGAAGGAGAAGAAGGAGUUCUUGGUGGACCCAUUUGUGUUAGAGGAAGACCCAUUUCGGUUAUUGUUCGAAACGACGAGGAAGGAGAGGAAGAAGAGGAAAUUCGACGCGAAUGAAGAGAAACGGGUGAUUUUCGUCGAUGUGGAUGCGAUUUUGUUCGAACACAUGCUGUGGUUGUUGUACAAUGAUUGUUCUUCUCUUUUUCAGCUCAAUCUUAAAGAGAUUAUAGACUUCUAUAGUCAAGAUACUUAGACAGAUUUAGCUGCAAAAUUAAAAGAAGAGGUAUCUUUUCUUCUGUUCUUUUUUUCUUUUCUAUAAAUACAUAAGUCCUUUUGAUUAAGGACCCAUUUAUCUUUCUCCUUCCAGAGAUUGCAAGAAUAUAGUAUGUUUAUCAAUAAUGCUAACUAGUUCUUCCCACU